UUAAAAUUGGGACUUAACGUCUCGUCGGUUAAAACUCGCUCAACUCGUUUGACUGACAGUUUUCAGUUUAAUGUAAACGUCGGUUGUCUUCUUGUCAUGGCGAAAACAGUGUGUGCUGUUUUAAUACUGGUAGCAGUUUUUAUUCACGACUGUGACGGGGACCUGCGCUUUGCUUCCUACUAUGGAGACCACAUGGUGCUGCAGAAGUCUCCAGAGAGAGCUGUGCUGUGGGGCUACGGCCCCGAGGGUGCACAGGUGACCGUCUCCUUGUCAGGACCAGGGACACAGAAACUCUCACCGGUGACUGUGACGGAAGGUAUCUGGCGAGUCACCCUUGACGCUGUUGAAGCUGGUGGUCCCUACAUCGUGACAGCAGCCUGUCAGAGCAGCACAGCCAACCUGACGGAUGUACUGUUUGGAGAUAUUUGGCUGUGUGGAGGGCAGAGCAACAUGUUGUUUCCAACUUCUGAGGUUUUCAAUGCAUCAAAGGAGCUGGCUAUUGCAGCGAAGUAUCCUCAUGUGAGGACUUUCAUGGCAUCCUUGAUACAGAGUGAAACUGAGCAGACUGAUUUGAUUCAAGUGGAACUUCCCUGGUCUGUGCCACCAGAACAUGUGGCAGAGUUCUCUGCAGUGUGCUGGCUCUUUGGACGUUACUUGUACAAGAGGCUGCAGUACCCCAUAGGACUGGUGGAGUCCUGUUGGGGAGGCACACCUGUCGAAGCCUGGUCCUCUUCAAGAGCACUGCAGCAGUGUGGACAACUUGACAACCACGGUCCUAGAGGGAAUUCAGUCUUGUGGAAUGCGAUGAUCCACCCGCUGCUCAACAUGACCAUCAAAGGAGCCAUCUGGUACCAAGCUGAGGAAAAUACAUAUUAUCAUCAAGACAAGUACAACUGUUCGUUCCCUGCUAUGAUUGAUGACUGGAGGAUGGCGUUUCACCAGGGCUCAGGCGGGCAAACGGCUCACGACUUCCCCUUUGGAUUUGUCCAGCUGUCUACCAACGUUAAAAAAUCGACCAGUGACGGCAUUCCGAACAUCCGUUGGCACCAGACGGCAGACUUCGGCUUUGCCCCAAAUCCCCGGAUGCAGAAAACCUUCAUGGCUGUAGCUUUGGAUUUACCUGAUGAAAAGUCUCCCUAUACUCCGCUCCAUCCCCGAGACAAGCAGGAUGUAGCCUACAGACUGACAUUGGGAGCAAUGGCAGUGGCUUAUAAUGAGAAGGAUGUGGCCUUUCUUGGACCUUUCCCCAACCAAGUCCUGUCGACUCAAAAGUAUCUAAAGGUUCACUACGACCAGAAAGUCUCCGUCACUCCGUCUAAAGACAUCUUUGAGAUCUGCUGCUCCAACAUUCAUACUCCAUGUGGGCCUAAGUCUCGCUGGUUUCCAGCUCCCAUCAUGGAGUGGGGUCCGACCAGUGUCCAGUUAUCUGCCAGUGCGUGUCUGCUUACUGACGUAGUAACCGCUCUUCGAUAUGCAUGGAGAGACUGGCCCUGUGACUUUAAAGCAUGUCCGAUCUACAGUGCCAGUGGGAUUUUACCUGCGCCUCCUUUUAUUGUCAACCGUCCUCCAGAAGGAAUCCAGGAACUGUAAGAAGACAAAGUGAUGAAAAACAUGUGGCUUUUGCUUCUUUAGGUCAAAACUAGCUGGUUGCGUAGAUAUGUAACUAGUGUUUUAAUAAAGUUAAACAAGAGAAUUAAUGACACUGAAAGUAAUGACGACCUGACAACAUGACAGACAGUAGAUUGUUACUGAGACAAAGUUGAAUUUUGCCAAUAUUUGUAUUUUUUCAGAUGUAAAAAGGCACUGAAAGCAUUUUAUAGGGAAGAAUGUUUUUAUUAUUAUUGUCAGUUUGUUUUGAUUUCUUCUUGAUUGGUUUGACACUACACAAUACAUUUUGGAAAGUAAUAAAUAAAAUGUUUUAAGAGUGGUGCAGUGUCAGAUUAAUAGAGAUUAUUAGUCUGUCUGGUUGUUACGGCCAAUGCCGUCUGCUUUAUUUAUCUGUGGGGAUUAUUCUGUAGAUUCUCUGAAACACUGAAAGUGAUUAUUGAAGUUUAAAAGUGGCAGAUUGGUGUGUAUAUCAUUUUGUUUAUCCUGUAUACAAUCUAUGCCGUUACAACUACUGCUAAUAAUUGCUGGAC